UCGUUAUCCUCUUAGCUCUAAAUGGCCCCACGUUCAUGCACUUCGCCGUCCUUCUCAUCUGCUGUCUAAGACCAGAGCGUGACACCAAAGCGAGAUUUAUGCGUAAAAAUGAUCGUGGCCAUCAUUCAGCUGUUUUAGUCGUUGCGCAUUACGCGCUUAUUGUCGGGACAACCCUCUCCAUCGUCUGUCAGCGCGUCUGUUGGAGCAGCGGCUGUCUGUCCGUCCGUUAAUGUUUCCAACUUACUGAUCUUUUGCAGAGUAUAAUCUUAUCAGUGUCAAACCGUGACUGCUAAUUUUUUCCGGGCAUUCUUUUAUUUUGCCUGUCUUUUGAUUCUGGAUAAAAGAAAACGAUUUUUAUCAGAGUAAACUUUUAUCAGCAAAGGGGUUAGUUCCAUUCACAGUUACAGGCGCGUCUGAAUGUGUGAUAAAAUGAACAUUUGACCGUUUUAAACUGUCGACCUGAAGAAGAAAUGGAAUCUACAUGUAAAGAGAGGAGUCUUUUAUACUUACUUCUCUUUGCAAUAUGCACAGCCAGCGUUUGCUUUUGUGCAAGAAGACCAAGUGCUCGGAGAUCUGAUCGUCUGAGUCCUCCACUAGACAUCCAGCUGGAGACAAUCAACUGCACCGCCUUCAGUGUACGAUGGAAGAUGCCCCGGCGACAUGUUAGCACCAUCACCGGAUACAAGGUCUUCUACACAGAGAUGAGGAACGGCCACCCAACGGGUACAGCGUCUUUAAUGGAGGUGCCUCUCAGCUUGGACAUGCUGACCACUGGGCAAUUUGACGGACAAGCAAGCUUUGAUGUGGACAUCGGAAACCUUAAAGUGAACACUAAGUACAGAGUCACUGUCGGAGCGUAUGGUUGGGCAGGGGAGGGUAGACCCAGCAUGCCCAGAGACAUCGGCACUGCUUCACAUGACAUGUGCAUGCCCCCGUCACCCCCCACUCAGCCUGUUGUCAAGGCUGUAUCUGACACAGAGCUGGCGUUGUCAUGGCAGCCGGGAGAGAGUGAGGGAAGCGCACCUAUCCUACACUUCCUGGUGGCGUACAUCAGGCCAGAAAUGGACACCGAGUGGACAUAUAUCCGUGAGCCCAUUGAGACUAACUCCAUGGUUUUGAAGGGGUUAUUACCGGAAACAGAGUACCAGUUUGUUAUCAGGGCGGCCAACGAGCACGGAGUUAGCCCACCCAGCCACAUCAACAACCCCGUGCGCACUGCUGCCGUUGUGUAUCGAGGAGACACGUUUCAGUACGUGGUGCAGCAGCCUGGGUACAGGCAAAAAGGUGCAUCAGAUGGUGGCAGUGGUGAUUAUGGACGUUACAUCACAGACUCAAGAAACAAAGACGAAGAUGGCUUCGACAUUGAUGACUCUGAUUAUGAUAUCUUUAUUGAGGAGUUGAAGCCAUUCCCAGGUAUCAACCAAGACAACAGGAAGUCCCAGCUUCGUUCACGCCCUGAUCCGCCAUCUGGUCGGAACGUUGUUUACCGUAUGAACACUAUCGCUCCUACCAACGAUACUGCUCCUCCAUCUUCCUCCACCACCUCAUCCAUCUUCCCAGAUUUCACAGAUCUGGUUUUCCCACCAACCUUAGAGCCCAGUACCAGCAUUGACACCACAACUACUGCCCCGCUAACCACCACCGGCAUCACUUUGCCCACCACCACUACCACCCCAACCAUGUCCCCCUGGAAAGGUGAGGUGCCUCGUGUGUACGACCUGCCCUGCGAUGACACAGUGUGCCCACCUGACAGCUUCUGUCUCAGCGAUUACGACAAUGGAGGCUCACGCUGCCACUGUAACCUCGGACGGAGAGGGGACACUUGCUCUGAGGUGGUAUCAGUGAACUUUCCAAAGUUCUUUGGCUACUCUCACAUGACCUUUGAACCCUUGAAGAACUCAUACCAGACCUUUCAGAUCACUUUGGAGUUCAAGGCCGACUCUGAGGAUGGCUUGCUGCUAUACUGUGGAGAGAAUGAACACGGCCGUGGAGACUUUACUUCUUUGGCUCUGGUGCGAGGCAAGCUGCACUACAGGUUCAACUGUGGUACAGGAGCUGCUCAAAUAGUCAGUGAGAGUCCCAUUGUUGUCGGUCAGUGGCACACAGUCACCGUCUUCAGAGAUGGAAUGAGCGGCUGGCUGCGUAUGGACAACGACACCCCAAUGUCAGGGCGCUCACCGGGCCAGUACACCAAGAUCACAUUCCGCUCCCCGCUGUAUGUGGGUGGAUCACCAAAUGCUUAUUGGCUGGUCAAGGCGACAGGGACAAAUCGUGGCUUUCUUGGCUGCAUUCAGAGUCUGACCAUCAACAACAAGGCAACAGACAUCAGACCCUGGCCUCUGGGCAGAGCUCUGAGUGGAGCCGAUAUAGGUGAGUGCAGCGACAGCGUGUGUGACCUGAUCAGCUGUGCCAAUGGGGGAGUCUGCUUUGCGAACCGCGCUGACGGCUACAUCUGCCUGUGCCCGCUUGGCUUCAGGGGAGCACUUUGUGAAGAGACUUUCACACUGUUCUCACCUCUCUUCAAUGAGACAGUGUUUUCGUACGCUGUCAUCCAAUGGCCUCAGUCUUCUCAGAGUUAUCUGUCCUUCACGGAGUUUGAGCUAACGUUUCAGCCAUCGAUGCCCGACGGGACGCUGUUGUACAGUGAUGACGCAGGCAGCGGAGACUUCUUGGCUAUCAACCUAGUGGACAGAUAUGUAGAGUUCCGAUUUGACUGUGGUUCUGGAGGAGCUACAAUAAGAAGUGAAGAGCAGAUCAGUCUGGACACAUGGCAUGAGCUGAGGGUGUCUCGUACAGCAAAGAGUGGUAUCCUUCAGGUGGACAGCCAGAGGCCAAGGGAAGGAAUCGCUGAGGGUGCUUUCACUCAGAUAAACUGCAGUUCACCUCUUUAUGUUGGUGGAGUACCAGAAUAUGAUAAAACCAAGAGGACAGCAUGUGUGAUAAAGCCCUUCACUGGAAUUAUUCAGAAGCUGAUACUCAAUGACCGCACCAUCCCCAUAACGACUGGCUCAGCUGGUGGGGUUAAUGUAGCAAACUCGGCUCACCCAUGUGUGGCAAGUCCCUGUGCCAACGGAGGGACCUGCAGGCCAAAGUGGGACAGUUACGAAUGCGACUGCCCUCUAGGCUACGAUGGGAGGCACUGCCAGAAAGAGUGUGGGAAUUACUGUUUGAACACUGUGACUGAAGCCAUUGAGAUUCCGCAGUUUAUUGGUCGAAGUUACCUGACAUACGACAACAGAGAUAUCCUGAAAAGGGUAUCUGGGUCCAGGACAAACCUUUUCAUGCGUUUUAAGAGCACAGCCAAGGAUGGCCUAUUGCUAUGGCGAGGAGACAGUCCAAUGAGACCUAACAGUGACUUCCUGUCUAUGGGGCUUCAGGAUGGAGCACUAAUCUUCAGUUACAACCUGGGCAGCGGUGCGGCUAACAUCGCUGUCAACGGGACCUUUAUUGAUGGAAAGUGGCACAGAGUCAAAGCUGUGAGGGAUGGACAGUCAGGGAAGCUGACGGUGGAUGACUACGGAGCAAAAACAGGCAGGUCACCUGGAAAGAUGAGACAACUUAAUAUCAAUGGACCCUUAUAUGUCGGUGGCAUGAAAGAAAUUGCUCUUCACACAAACAGACAGUAUAUUGGAGGCUUGGUGGGCUGCGUGUCCCACUUCACACUCUCCACCGAUUAUCACAUAGCACUGGUGGAGGAUGCUGCUGAUGGAAAAAACAUCAACACCUGCUCCAACUAGAAAAUGGCUUCAGUACAUGAAGGUCCCUGUUCAGCAACAUUUUCAACUGGAGCGAACACCUCGACCAGCUGAUUUGUCAUCUUGAAAAUGACUAAAACAAUGACAUUUUGGUCUACCAAUUCAAGACUACUGACAUGACAUAAACUCAAAGUGGGGAAAGACAACAGUGUUACAGUCACAAGAAGAUUAAAGUGGCUCCUGUGUGCAAACUAUUAAAACCAACUCAAACCUGCCAAGUUGUAAAUUUUAUUUUAACAUUAACAACUUGUUGAUGAAUUGCUUUUAAAAACAGUUUGGACAUCUGACAACAGCAAAAACGACCACAGGAUAUUAAAAAGCACAAGUAAUCUGUGAAAGGAAAAAAAAAGCUUAGCAUUUAUGGGUAUUGAGGGUCUUUUCUUUACAAUUCUUUUCUUGGGAUGAUCCAAUUGUAUCUUUAUGUUUUCUACUGUAAAUCCUUAUUUGAUUGCUGGAAGAAUCAAGAGGCAUCACAUGUGUGAGCAGCUAGCUGAGAUAAACUUCUUUGUAGGGGAUUUUGGAGUAUUUCUGUUGUUUUUGUUGUUGUGGAAUUCUCGUUCGUGACGUGUUAUCAGUCCUUAGACUACAUUUUUUAAAGUCUGAUUGAUGGCAGUUUUUGUAAAAGUUGCUAGUUUUGAAGGGUGAAGAUGUUCACAAUAUUUAUGUCUUUAUAUGCUCUUCUUUUAGUUUACAUGCUCCUUUUUUUUUAAAUCUCAGAUGCUUGUCACAUUGAAGUCUGAAGUUGACAGUCUAAGUCUAAACCCUGGAGAUUUUUUUCAUGAACAUCAUCAGUCUAUCAUCUGAAACCACAGCCCUUUGAACUUCAGCCUUCAGGUUGAACAUGUGUUUUCACACCAGAGAAAAUAAAGAAUUUCUCAUAUUUUAAGCAUUUGCAGUAAAGCAGUGCAAGAUUGUCAAUUUAGUGCUUUCCCAUGCCUAAGCUUGAUUUCUUAAAGGGGAAAAUGACACCAAUGUCGAAAUAAGAUGGAUUUCUCACGAGAGCUACACCCUGGUUUCAAAGUCUGAG